ACCAAGACAACCAGCUAGGAGGGAAAAGAGAGAGAAAACAGAAAAAGUGACAAAACCAAACGGUUUGUAAAAUGUCCAGAGGCCAAAAUCUGAGAGCUCUGGUGCAGGAGCGUCUGACUGCGGCUGCUGAAGACAUAUAUGUGCUGUUUGAAAGAAUCACAGCAGAAUAUGAGGAGGAACUGUGUCGCUGCAAACAGGAGAACGAGAGAAAGCAACGGCUCCUGGACUCGACUCUGAGCCCGAGAGUCGUGCUGACCAGAGCCGGUGUUCACAUGUCCUCUCUGAGUCCUGGUUUCACUCUGAAACAGGAAAUCCCAGAGACUCCACAGAUUAAAGAGGAGACAGAAGAAGAGCACAUCAAACAGGAGGAAGAGGAGCUGCACAUGUCUGUCCCUGAGUUCAAUGAUGGCUGUGUGAAAACAGAAGAGUCCUCACUGCCUCAACGAAAAGAAACUGAUCACAGAAGGGACACGCAGAGAGAGGACAUCAGCUCAGAGACAUGGGUCCACAGAGAGGACACACAGGGAGAGGACACACAGGGAGAGGACAUCAGCUCAGAGACAUGUGUCCACAGAGAGGACACGCAGGGAGAGGACAUCGGCUCAGAGACACUUGUCCACCCCGAGACUGAAAGAGACACGGAGCACUCUUCUGACAUUGACAGUGAUGAAGACUGGCGUGCUCCAAUCGACUUUUCAGCUGCACAGAUGGAGACAGAGGCGGAUGGAGACCUCUACAACCACGUCCAGAUCAGAGCAAAAAGCACCACUGCACCAAACUCAGGUCUAUCCCCUAAAUACAAGUUUGCACCAGAGACCAGAGCCACAGUGGACAAUGGGGACAUGUCAGGAACAGCCGAAGGAGCUGCAGGGGAGAAACACCAGUGCUCUGUUGGUAAAAAGAGAUUUGACUUAAAAAACAAUUUAGAAAGAGUUGACAGAAGAGAGAAACCUUACAGCUGUUAUGUCUGUGAGAAAGCAUUUACUCAAAAGAUUCAUCUCACACUACACAUGAGAACACACACAGGAGACAAACCUUACAGCUGUUGUGUUUGUGAAAAAGCAUUUACUCAAAAGAGUUCUCUCACAGACCACAUGAGAACACACACAGGAGACAAGCCUUACAGCUGUUCUGUCUGUGAGAAAGCAUUUUCUCAAAAGAUUACUCUUACACUACACAUGAGAACACACACUGGAGACAAACCUUACAGCUGUUCUGUCUGUGAGAAAGCAUUUACUCAAAAGAUUACUCUUACACUACACAUGAGAACACACACUGGAGACAAACCUUACAGCUGUUCUGUCUGUGAGAAAGCAUUUACUGUAAAGAGUUAUCUCACGCUACACAUGAGAACACACACAGGAGAUGGGACUUACAGCUGUUCUGUCUGUGAGAAAGCGUUUACUCGAAAGAGUUAUCUCCCAAAGCACAUGAGAACACACACAGGUGACAAACCUUACAGUUGUUCUGUCUGUGAGAAAGCAUUUAGUUUAAAGUGUACUCUCAGAAAUCACAUGAGAACACACACAGGAGACAAACCUUACAGUUGUUCUGUCUGUAAUAAACGAUUUACCUUCAGCAGUGGUCUGAAAACACAUAUGAGAACUCACUCAGAAGAGAAAUAGAUUGAACAGAGUGUGACUGAAAAUAAGAAUGAUAUUCUGUUAUAGUAUAUUGUACUGUUAAGAAAAUAAAUGUUUGUGCUU